GCUGCUCCAUUCGGUCUCUCACUAUAUAGCCACCUCUACUCUUCACGCCCUUCCUUUAACUCAAAUUCAAUUCAAUUCAAUUCUCUUAUCAAAUUCUAAUUCAUUAAUCCAUCAUCAUCCAUGGCGGAAGCAAAGGAGGAGGAUGUUCACCUUGGAGCCAACAAGUUCACGGAGAGGCAGCCUAUCGGCACCGCCGCGCAGACCGACGACAAGGACUACAAAGAGCCGCCGCCGGCGCCUCUGUUCGAACCCGGCGAGCUCACCUCCUGGUCCUUCUACCGCGCCGGAAUCGCCGAGUUCAUAGCUACCUUCCUCUUCCUCUACAUCUCCAUCCUCACCGUCAUGGGCGUCAACAGAGCCCCCAACAAGUGCGCCUCCGUCGGCAUCCAGGGCAUCGCCUGGGCCUUCGGCGGCAUGAUCUUCGCCCUCGUUUACUGCACCGCCGGAAUCUCAGGAGGACAUAUCAAUCCAGCAGUGACAUUUGGGUUGUUCCUGGCGAGGAAACUGUCCUUGACCAGGGCCGUGUUCUACAUAGUGAUGCAGUGCUUGGGAGCCAUUUGUGGGGCCGGUGUGGUCAAGGGCUUCAUGGUCGGUCCCUAUCAGAGGCUCAAGGGUGGAGCCAACAUGGUUAACCAUGGCUACACCAAAGGGGACGCCCUCGGCGCCGAGAUCAUCGGCACCUUUGUCCUCGUCUACACCGUCUUCUCCGCCACCGACGCCAAAAGAAACGCCAGAGACUCUCAUGUCCCUGUAUGUUUCUUUAACUCUACUGACUUUCUAUUCUAUCCUAUGGACUUUAUGAUGAUUGAAAUUGUUUGUUUUUCGCAGAUUUUGGCUCCUCUUCCAAUCGGGUUCGCGGUGUUCCUAGUCCAUUUGGCUACUAUUCCGAUCACGGGUACUGGGAUCAACCCGGCUCGGAGCCUAGGAGCCGCCAUUAUUUACAACAAAGAUCAAGCUUGGGAUGAUCAUUGGAUCUUUUGGGUUGGUCCCUUUAUCGGAGCCGGUCUCGCGGCCAUUUACCAUGUGAUUGUUAUCAGAGCCAUUCCCUUUAAAAACAGGGACUGAUGGUGGUAACAGAGCCUUGUUAUCGUUUUAGUUUUCGUGCCGUGUGUGUCUCUUCUGUGUUUUGUGUUUCCUCGUGUUGCCGUGUAAAUUGUGUGGCCAUGUGUAUUUAUAUAACAAGAAUGUAUUAUGUUUUGUUGUAUUCUGAUGAAAUGAAAACUAUGGUUUCAAUA